CUGAGAAACAAACGACACAAAAAGUACUUUUCCUGUGUCUGGACUGUUGAAUUUCAGAAGACCAAAUCUUUAGGUAUCCAGAAAUUUAGAAAACAAAACUUGUCUAAUAAAAUGCUUGGAGAAGCUUUUCUAAUUGAACUCCUAUACAAAGAACAGAAAUGUGCAAACUUUUGCAAACCAUUAACAUGUAAGAAGACCUCAAAUGAUGAAAAGAAAACUUCAAAAAAUAAACUUUUAGAUAUAGAAGACAAUUCACUUCCCCCUCUUAAGGUGGAAAAUCAAAAAAAAGUUAUAAAAGGAAAUUUAACAGAACAAAGUAAUGGUGCAACUCAAAUUAAAUCUAUGGAUGAGCUAUCUGUGGCAAAAUGCAAAAGUAUAACUGUUCCAGCAAAUGUGUCAAUUGCAUUACCCAUUCCAAAGAGAGAACAUGAUGAAAGACAGUUGGAUUUAUAUCAAUCCUGGUCAUGUACAAGUAUUUGCCAGAAUUAUCCUGACUUACAGAUUGGAGGUGACCACGUGGGCAACAUGUAUGAUUCAGGCUGCUUUGUGGAACACACACAUGAUGAUGUUUUUAAUGGUCCUCUUUUACUUUCAGUGGAUAUACCAUUGGGUCGUUCUCCUAUCAUUGAGCCUUUAGAGAAAACAUCCAACUCAAAAUUAUUGAAUGAGGAUGAAAUUCGAGAAAAAAGUAUCUUGCUACAUAAGCAGCCCCUUUCUAAUUCUAUGCUUAAUAGUUAUAUGGAAAAAAAGGUAGAUGAACUCUACAAACAAUUUUUGGAAGAAAAUCUCACCAGAUGCCGCUCUAUAACCAAUCUAAUGGCUUCCAAUCUGCUGAUGAGUAAUGUAAAUCAGAUUAGUCUUCAAAUAUCUCAAGAACAGAACAUAGAGGCAUCAAAAGCUCGGGAAGCUCUCCUAAACUCUUUAGCACUAUGUAAUCUUCGUAACUUUUCCUGUGGAAAUAGUUCUGAAUUUAGCACUCCUAAUUUACAAAUAUCAAACCAGACAAGUAGGGAACUUGUAUCACAUCUAUAG